AAAGAUAGGGUUAUAGAUUUAGAGAGAGAGUAAAAUUGUAGAGAGAAAAAACUUGGAAUCCACUCGAACGGUUUUAAACAACAGGGGCAGCUCACUCUCCACUACUACUUCGUAAUCGUAACUCUCAAGUCUCAAGUUCCAACACACCCACACAUCAUAUAAUACGACGUCGCAUUGAGGAAUCUGAUCCUUCACUUUUUGAACCACAAUUCAAACAGAAAGAAGAACAAUCUCGAAUGGCGACCAACACGCCGGUCAGAAAACCUCACACUUCCACUGCAGAUCUGUUAACCUGGCCGGAAAAUUCCGCCUUUGAUUCGCCCGCCACCGCCUCUGCUGCUCGCUCUCAUCAGCCAUCGGAUGGGAUCAGUAAGGUGGUGUUUGGAGGUCAGGUUACCGAUGAAGAAGUUGAGAGCUUGAACAAGAGGAAACCUGUUUCAGGGUACAAGUUAAAGGAGAUUACCGGCAGUGGCAUAUUUGCAGCCAGUGGAGAGGAUAAUGUUGAAGAAGCAGAUGCUGCUAAUCCCACCCAAAAUAAUAAAACUGGAUUACGAAUGUAUCAGCAAACCGUUGCUGGGAUCAGUCACAUUUCAUUUGGUGAAGAAGAAUCAGUGUCUCCUAAAAAGGCACUUUCUGAAGCUAAGCAGCGGGAGCUAAGUGGUACAUUAGAUAGCGAGUCUGAUUCAAAAUUGAAAAAACAGUUUUCAAAUGCAAAGAACAAGGAGCUCAGUGGACAUAACAUUUUUGCACCGCCACCAGAAAUUCAACCCCGCCCAUUGGCCGCUCGUGCAUUGGCAUUAAGAGAAAGCAUAAGCAUUGGUGAAUCUGCUCCAAAUAAUACAAAUGCUGAAGAACACGUGAUCAAGACGGCAAAGAAGAUCCCGAGCCAGAAGUUCACAGAGCUUUCAGGAAACAAUAUUUUCAAAGGCGACGAGGCCCCAGCAUCAGCAGAAAAGCCGCUGAGCUCAGCAAAGCUUCGGGAAAUGAGUGGAAGUAACAUCUUUGCUGAUGGGAAAGCAGAAUCUAGAGACUAUCUAGGUGGUGUUCGCAAGCCGCCAGGUGGCGAGAGCAGCAUCGCAUUGGUUUAGGUUCUAACCCAUUUGUUUUCAGCGUUAUUAUUUUGGGGUCUUUUGUUUCAUGUGGUUGGUAGUUGGUACUUGCUAAUAACAUUCAUAUGGAUUCGACUUUUGGGUUUGUGUAUCCCUUUGUUAUUUGCACUUUUAGGGUAUACGGUGGUGUAUGGACUAAAGCCUUGUAGCGGGUAGCCGAGUUAAUUCUUACAUCGUGGGCUUGGACAAGGCAUAACAUCUCUUAUUGGCUGUGGACCGCUCGGCAAGAUCGAUUUACCUCUUAUCGUGGGCGGUUAAGGGUUUUCGGAACUGAACCUUUUGAAAAUACUGUGGACCAAUAUGUGCACUUUUGACUGAUUAGGUGGGUUAUGUUCAUAAUUAUGUGUUUGUUUAAUUGAACUGCUUGAGUUUUGAGUUAUGUUUGGUGUUUGUUUGAUUGACAUGUUUGUAGUUUAUACAA